AUGGUUCACAGUUCGCAGUUCACAGCUUGCAGCUUGUGGCUUACAGUUCACUGCUCACAGUUUACAUCCAAGUGCUCUCGCUUCACUCCUGCCUUAUCAAGUCUUGGUAUCAAGGUUAUGCUCUCCUCACAGAAAAAGCUGAUAAGUGUUCUCUCUCUUUCUAUUCUUUGGAAGAGUUUGUUAAUAGUUUUUGUUUUUUUCCUUAGGUGUUUGGAAGAAUUGAUCAUUGAAGACAUCUGGACCUGGAAUUCUCUGUUUCAACCAGAAGUAAACAUCAGAACGUAUGAUAAUUCCAUUUCAAUCAGUUCAUCAAACAGAAAAUCGUGGAAUGAAAAACACUUUGCUUUGACAUUUCCCAAACCACCCCAGCCAGGUAGAAAAAAGAGAUCAAGACCUUUGGAAUUACAAAAUACAGUUCCUAGACAGGACAAAACAAAAUUAAAGGAAGAUCAGAAGAAAGCUCACAUAUGGAUAAGGCAUUCUUUAAGAAAAAUUUUCCAAAGACCAUCUAUUUACUUAGCUGUCAGGAGACAGGCUCCAUUCAGAUGUUCUUAUAUUCCCAAAGCCCAUCUUGAAAAGGCAGAAUCUAAAGAGUCCAAAGGUGGCAAAAAAGGAACAGAUUUAAAGAAAUAUUCUAAUAAAAAAACAGGCCGACAUACAACUCUAGAAUCCAAGAAAAUAGUAGAAGAUGAAAAACCUAAAGAAAGGAAUAAAGAAGCAAAACUUCCAUCAAAAUCAUCACAUGAAAAUGAACCAUAUAAACAGUCAAAAUCCAAAUCAGAUACAAAUUCAGAAUCCAAGGAUUCUAAGGAGGUCUCAAAGAAAGAUCAAACAAAAGAUAAGAAAGAUUCAAAAAAUUUCAAGGGGACAGAUACUAAAUCCAUAUGUACAAAGACUGAUCCAAAGAAAGAUUCUGAGAAGAGUUCGAAGAAGGAUCCUGAUGCCGAAUCAGAGACUUGCUUAAAAAAUAGUUCUAAUGUGGAUUCAGUGGUGUAUUUAGAACAAUCUGGUACUGAAUCCAUGGAUUUUGAUAUAUGGCUAAAGAAUUACUCACAGAAUAACUCAAAGAAGGGCUCAAAGAAAGACACAAAGAAGGAUUCAAAGAAGGUCUCUGAUGAUGAACCUGUAGACUCAAAGGAUGCAAAGAAGGAUAAGAAAAAUGCCAAGAAAGACAAUAAGAAGAAGGAUGCGAAGAAGGAUGCGAAGAAGGAUGCAAAGAAGGACACAGAUUCUACUGAUGCUGAAUCUGUAGACUCAAAGGAUGCAAAGAAAGAUAAGAAAAAUGCCAAGAAAGACAGUAAGAAGAAGGAUGUAAAGAAAGACACAGAUUCUACUGAUGUUGAAUCUGUAGACUCAAAGGAUGUAAAGAAAGAUGCAAAGAAGGAUAAGAAAGAUUCAAAGAAAGACGAUAAGAAGAAGGAUGGAAAGAAGGACGCAGAGUCUACUAAUGCUGAAUCUGAAUCUGAAUUGGAGUCAAAAAAGAAUAAGAAAGAUGAAAAGAAGGAUAAGAAAGAUUCAAAGGAAGACACUAAGAAGAAGGAUGCAAAGAAAAACACAGUGUCUACUGAUACUGAAUCUGAUUCUGAAUUGGAGUCAAAGAAGAGGAAAAGAGAUGAAACGAAGGAUAAAAGAGAUUCAAAGAAACAUGCAAGGAGGUAUGCAGUGUCUACUGAUGCAGAAUCUGAAUCUGAAUGGGAGUCAAAGAAGGAUAAGAAAGAUGCUAAGCAAGAUGCAAAGAAAGAUGCAAAGAAAGAUACUAAGAAGGAUGCAAAAAAGGACACAGAAUCUACAGAUGGUGAAUCUGAUGAUUACUCAAAGAAAGGCCUAAGUAAGCCCCCAAAGUCAGUAGUCAAAGAUUCUGACGCUGAAUCUGAAGAGUCACUGUAUAAACCUGGGGCUAAAAAUAGAGGAGCUGAUGACUCAGAUGCCACAUCCAUAGAUUCAAAGAAAGAAGCUCAAGGGCUAAAGAAAGAAGUCAAAACAUCACACAGAAAGACCACAUUCAGAGAUAAAGAAAAAAAAGGUACUGUAGGUAGAGUUCCUCCAUCAAGAGAAAGACCACCACUACCUCCUUGUGAGCCUUUAACACCAUCACCUAAGGUCAAACGUCCCUGUCGGUGCGGGAUGCCUCCUCCACCUCCAAAACCAAGAUAUGCUCCUUUGGUAUGUUUACUCCUGUCUUAUUUUUAG